UGCUCGGUCUGUCUCGGCCGCAACCCGCACAGAACCAUUGACUGCGCUGCGUCUCGCACGUGGGACGCUAAGCACGACACAAUCGCCGAACGAAUCCACAAAGCCCUCUGGACUAAAGACGGCAAGCAACUGUGCACUGCCUGGCAACGAGAAGAAGGCUGCGACAGCAACAAACACGACGCUCGACACGUCUGUUCAGGGUGCGGAGCAGUCACUCACGGCGCUCAGCGCUGCCCUAGAGCGCAGAAA